AUGAGAUUAACAUUUCUUGCCUCUGUCUUUAUUGUGGGGGUCGUAUUACAUGCACUAUCUGCAAUAGCCGCACCCUAUCCGUCACAGCUCAAUUGCAAAACUACCUCCUGCUCAGGUAAUUGGAACAACCAAACAAAGCAUCCUUUAGAUGUAGCUUCUAGCUAUAGGACUACACAGCUAGCUCUAACCCACCGCGGGAUCCUGACUAUUCUCAAUCUACCUAUCCUUAUUCCUGUACCAGCUAUCUCUUUGACGUCAACGGCCACGGCGACCGGGACAGAAUGGCCUACAAAACCGGAGCCUCUGAAGGCUUCUGCGUCCGUUCAUGAGUCUGAACCGUCAAAUCUAACCAGCAGUGUAGCAUCUCCAUCUGCAUCAACAUCUUCUUCUACAGAGGUAGUUCGACAGACUACCACAUUCACAUUAACACAAACCGAGCAGAAAGUAGUCAUGGACCCUGAAUCCACUUACAGUAGUCCCCUGGUAUCAGCUCAUGUACCGAUAAGGUAUGUUUACAAUCGGCCAGCCAAGUCAACAGGACCGCCGCCACAGGACCUUACAUCCCAUAGGCGUAUAAAACCCAGGGUAUACGUCACAGAAACCAUUUUAUAUACAGUAACCGCGCCUGCCUACGUCGUCACCAUAACUAAUCCUGCCGACGUUGUCACAAAAACCACCUUGAUCUACCAACCGGGCCCACCAACCACUACCACACCAAUUACUUCUCCCUUGCACACAUCAAAACCAAAGUUAGUGAAAACAAUAAUAUCAAAUAUCAACUCUAUAUUUUCAUCAGCAUACACUAGUUAUAACCCCACAAAUCCAACUCCCACCUCAAAGCCUAAAUCUACGUUGAUACCCCCUACUCACCCCACCCCAUCCGGUCAAGGCAAUCCUAGAUGCAACGGUCUCUUCAGAUACCAAACAAACAGGUCAUCGGGCGAACAAUAUCGCGCAUACUACUACUUUGACUACGAUUUUGCAGUCUACCAUAUCAAUAACUACUGUAACAAUCUAAAAGACCUUCCGGAUAAUUACAACCAAAAUGGCAUCCGACUGACCCAAAUCGGCGCUACAAAAGACCGUAAUGCAUUCAACAUAGGCGUUUACUGGCCUGCUUAUCUUCCCGGUACUAAACCUCAAGCAGAAAUAUGCAUUUACUAUUUCAGAUUUAUACUCUUAGACGGUUGCGACGGGAAUGAUCCGAACAAUCCGUUAAAUUGGAAAGGUGGUGGGUCUUUUACCGCGGUUGAUCAACGUGGGAUAUAUAGACGACAAAUAUAUUAUGAAAUAGAAGCUAUAGGACGAAGAAGGAAUAUCAUAAAACAACGGCUGGCUCAAUGCUUUAAACAGAUACAGGAUAAUAAAGUAAAACUAUUCGUGCGAGGUGCAGGUUGGGCGGGUGAUAUAGGUUUGGUGGAUUUGAAAAGAAAUGUUAAUGAGGCAUGUGGGGGUAUUGUGGAGUAUUGGGAACCCGUCUCUACGAUUAAUAAAACCGGGAAGUAUGAAUGGCAGUUGGAUUUGGGGAUACCGGCAGACCAGGAAAAGUGUUUUUUGGAGGUUGUGAGAAGGGAUUAUGGGGCUGAGGUUGAAUGUGGGUUUCUUCCGGGGUUUGGGAGUGCGAAGGAAUAUAUAGGAGAUUAA